GAUUAAUAUCUAAAAUAAGUGAUUACUUAAAGGAGUGGGAAUUUAUUUUUAUUAUUUAUAUGUAACAACAGCCUGCCUUAAAUGGAAAAAGACUGCGUGAAAGUGCCUGUAAACUUCGGCAACUAGCUAAAAGGGAAAAAGCAGUUAUUUUAUGCUGUAUUUCUCGGUUUUUAGUGCCAAGAGGUGAUGCUGGGGGUCGCAGGAAUGCCGGGCAGCAUUGCCAACGCCCUGGCCAGUGCAACCUGUGAGAGGUGCAAGAGUGGCUUCGGUCCAACUGAGAAGAUUGUCAAUAGUAAUGGAGAGCUGUACCACGAGCAGUGCUUUGUCUGUGCUCAGUGUUUCCAGCAGUUUCCAGAAGGACUCUUCUAUGAGUUUGAAGGAAGGAAAUACUGUGAACAUGACUUCCAGAUGCUGUUUGCUCCUUGCUGCCAUCAGUGUGGGGAGUUCAUCAUUGGACGCGUCAUUAAGGCCAUGAACAAUAGUUGGCACCCCGAGUGUUUCUGCUGUGACAUUUGCCAGGCGGUGCUCGCAGAUGUUGGAUUUGUUAAAAAUGCUGGCAGGCACCUGUGUCGCCCGUGCCAUAACCGUGAGAAAGCUCGUGGUCUGGGCAAGUACAUCUGCCAGAAGUGCCACGCCAUCAUUGAAGAGCAGCCACUGAUCUUUAAGAACGACCCUUAUCACCCAGACCACUUCAACUGCAACAACUGCGGGAAGGAGUUGACGGCCGAUGCGAGAGAGCUGAAGGGAGAGCUCUUCUGUUUGCCGUGCCACGAUAAAAUGGGCGUGCCGAUCUGCGGCGCCUGCAGGAGACCCAUCGAGGGGCGCGUGGUCAACGCCAUGGGGAAACAGUGGCACGUGGAGCAUUUCGUGUGUGCYAAGUGUGAGAAGCCUUUCCUCGGUCAUCGUCACUACGAGAGGAAGGGUUUGGCUUACUGUGAGACUCACUACAACCAGCUCUUUGGUGACGUCUGCUAUCACUGCAACCGCGUGAUCGAAGGCGACGUCGUGUCUGCUCUCAACAAAGCCUGGUGUGUCGGAUGUUUCUCGUGCUCCACCUGCAACACCAAACUCACUCUCAAGAACAAGUUUGUUGAGUUUGACAUGAAGCCCGUUUGUAAAAAGUGUUACGAGAAGUUUCCUCUUGAGCUGAAGAAAAGGCUGAAAAAGUUGGCGGAGACGCUGGGAYGUAAGUGAUCCACAUCAGGACAAUCACCUGGAGGAUGAGCAGUUUGUCAUGGUAAAAUAUUCAGGUGGUUCAAACGCAGCCUGUAGAAGCUGAGUAAACAUUUCAGUAGUUUAAGAAUUCAUUUCUUGACUUUACUUAUUCUGCAAACAAACAAACAGACCAGAGGUGUCCAGUWCUGGUCCUGGAGGACCACAGUCAUGCACGUUUUAGAGGUUUUUCCGCUGCAGCACACCUGGUUUGACACAUUUCCAUUACAAAAAUCGCCAAAUUAAAACAAAUUAACAAAUGUUUUAACAAAUGUAAAAAGUUCCUACUUUUUACUUCCCUUCCCUGCCUCUGGGCGGAUGCUCUAUAUCUGCAAUUAUUUCCUAAAAUAAACACUAAUCAGACUUAAAUCUGAGUUUCACUCUAAAUUAUAAACAUUUAACACUGCAGUUUUCUUAUAAACACAUUUAUUUUAAUAAAUAAUAUUUUAUUGUGUCUAUUUUCUACUUAUAUCAGCUUUAUUCUUCAUCCAUCAUGAGUGUCUUUGCUUUUAAUCUUGAAUAAUAAACAAAUAAACAAAGAUUAAUGUCGUUUCUAAA